AUGGCCAGCAAAUAUGCCUUCACGCAAGGUCUAAGAGAACUCAGGUUUCACUUGUCCGGUACAGGCCCAGGAAGUGAAGCUGCCAGAUCAUUUCUCAAACGAGCGUACCCGACGAUGAAGCAUCACAAUCCCACCACUCCGAUCUUAAUACGAGAAGCUAGUGGCGUGGAACCAAAGGUGUGGGUGAGAUAUGGAUUCGGGAAGGAGAAAUCCGAGUCGUUAUCAGGACUCACGGCCAAAGAAAUCGAAGACCGGGUGACCACGUUGGUCAAGCAUGAAUAG